AUGAAUGUUCAAGAGUAUUCUUUGAAAUUUACCCUUUUGUCUAAGUAUGCUCCAUCUUUGGUGUCUAACCCAAGGGAUGAUAUCAGUAGAUAUGUGAUGGGUGUUCCCGACCUAGUUGAGGAAGAAUGUCGUAUGACAAUUCUCCAUGAAGAUAUGAACAUCUCUAGGCUUAUGGUAUAUGCUCAAUCAAUUGAGGAGUCCAAACUUAAGAGAAAUAAUAGGGAGAUGAAGAGAGUUAGAUCCGAUGAGCAGGGUCAACCAAGGUUCAAAAAGAGAGCUCCAAACCAAGAUUCUUCCAGCACUCCUAGGGUUAACCAAGAGAAAAGUGGUGGACCUCCAUUUUCUAAACCUACUUGCACCAAUUGUGGAAAGAAGCAUUUUGGGAAGUGCCUAGCCUGUACUAAUGGGUGCUAUGGUUGUGGAAAUAUUGAUCAUCAAGUGAAAGAUUGUCCUACUCUUAGGGCCAAAGGAAAAGAGGCCAAACAAGCUUCUCUUAAUGGCUCGGAUCCUAAUGCUCCAAAGAAUAGUCGUUUCUAUGCACUUCAGGCUAGAGAGGACAAAGGAGCCCUUCCGGAUUAA